AUGUUUCACUUCAGCGCUGGCCCACCAGGCGACGAACCUUCCCUCUUGCACGGUUCUAAGCCAACCCCGAACCAGGCGAAGCCCGAAAAACGUCAAAUCACGAGAAAUCGGGCUAGCUACAGCUGUCUCACUUGUCGAAGGAGGAAAGUCAAGUGUGACAAGGCCCGCCCAAUCUGUGGAGGCUGCCAAAAAGCCGAUGUAGAAUGCUACUACACCCAGGAUGAUAUGACAUCCACCUCGGCACAGCCUGGUCUGCCAAAGGAAACCACAAGCCCGGUGUGGAAGAAGCGAAAAUCAAGUCCCAUGAGCCAAGGCUCUUUAGGAACAAUCACCGAAGCACAUGAGUUGAGAACGCCCGCUGACCUCAAAGCCAUCGAAGAGCAGCUGCACCGCUUGACCAAGAUGUUCGAUGCUUUUCGCCAGGGUAACGGGAAUGACCUGCGGUUAAAAGACUUCCUUACACCUGAGGCAUCAAACUCGGAUUCAGGCUCUGAUGGAAUUCCACCAAAAUCAAGCAUGAGUCUGGACAUGUUCCAACCCAGCAAUUACACAUCAGCGAGGGAACCCUCUGACCUCAGCAAGCCUCUAUCAAGUUUGAACCUGAGCAAUGGCGACUCAAGGUCAGAAUAUCCAUUUUGGAUCAAUAUAUCCGAAGAGAUCGAUCAACUCAAUCACCUGAUGCGUCGUCGGGAUAAUACCUAUGCAAGCUCAAUCAGCCCAGAGAACAAGCAGUGUGACAGGCCACGAGAGUUUGUUCCUCCUGUGGACGAAGACCACGAACAAGAAAAAGAUGAUGUGACCGAUCCCACUGAUUUUCACAAAGAAGCUGGCGAAAAGAUCCCGGAAGACCUUAGGCCUGACAGCCACUGCCCGAUAUGUAGGCUCAUGCCAUUCACCAAAUCCAGUCUGUUGCAGAACCUCCCAAUCAAGUGUACAGCAGAGACUGCCUUACAGCAUCUGACGCAGGGCCUGCCCACCAGAGCACAAAGUAACGUUCUUUUCAGGUGUUGGCUAUCAGGGGUAUAUCCAAUAUUGGGGCUUCUCUUGCCCUCGGAGAUGAGCAGGAAACACGAAGAAUUCUGGGACCAGGUCGAGUCGAAUGGUCUCUCAGAAUCCAAUUUUCGAGAUUUGGACUUCUUGGCCGUGAUCUAUGCCAUUUGGUAUGCGGGUUCGCUAAGUAUUUCUACAAAAGGUCUUCGGCAAUGGUUUCCUCAAACUUCAAGGGCACAACUUAGCACCCGGUUCCACGAUCAGGUGGUGUUUUGCCUCCUUAUCAGUUGCUUUGCUCAAAAAGUCAGCUUGUACAAACUUGCUGCCCUCGUCCUCCUGCAAAGUAUGCCUAUAGCUGAAGAGGACCCUUUACAAGGCAGCCUGUACCUCUCACUGGCGGUGAGGCUGGCAUUGACCAUGGGGCUACACAGAGAGCCCACUCUGUUUGAGCUGUCUAUUACCGAGGAAAACAUGCGACGACGACUCUGGUGGCAGAUCAUCCAGUUGGAUGUUUCUCACGUUGUCGCGAGUGGCUAUCCUUCUCAGAUAUCUGAGAAAUUUUGCGAUACGAGAAUCUUCUGUGAAGAUAGAGAUGCCCAUGUGUCUGAGGAUGGGUCCGCAAGCGUCAACUCGGACAAGUCUUUGAGAAUUUCACCAUCCUCUAGUUCGGCUUCGAAUGGAGAGAGUACGAAUCCAAAAGCUUUUGGCACACUGUCCCUCGUGGCAAGAGGAAAGUCGAUAAUGGCAUGCGCAAUAAGAAGCGUCGUGUCUCUACAUCUGGAAACGAAAAGACUCACGAAUGGAGAUAUGCAAGAAAUGAAACGGAUUAUGACUGAAGCAGGGGAUCAAGUCAACGCUAUUAUCAAGUCGAUUCCCAGCAAAGGAGUUCCAGAAAUGGGAUUCGUUCCGGAUUCGCUUAGAGAUGCGCAGCCCCGUGCAUCAGAUACCGAUGUGUCCAUGGGCGACCCUAUCACUGCAAAUGACAUUGCAUAUUACAAGACUACUGUCAACAACACUGACCCCUCGUGGCCAUUGGCCGCUUACUAUCGCGCAAAGCAAGCUGCCUACAACAAAUGGGCCCGAAUUAGCCUAUCUAUGCUUAUUGACAAGGUGCAUUGUGUUGCAUAUGCCCCAUUCCUGAAGAACACGAGAAGUAAGCUGUGGGGUAUGGGUCGACAAUGCGCCCUGCACAAUUGCCACAGCUUCCUCCGAAAAUUUGUAUCACUCGCAGCCGAUCCAGACUUGGAGCCUUUUCGAUGGGCCUGGCCGGCGACUUACGGCCCUCUUCACGCGGUCUUGAUAGUUCUUGUUGAUCUGUACGAGAGACCGACCAGCGUUGAGGCACCCAGAUCAAGAGAAUUGAUCGACAAGGUAUUUGGGUUAGCUGCUCCCGGUGCUGGCAUCGUCGGUGGCCCUGAUGGCGUCACUGUUCAGAGACCGCUGCGGGAGGGCGGCAUUGAAGCGUGGGACAUGCUACGAGGCCUUCGUUCUGCUGCCUGGCAAAGAGCAGGACUCGAUCCUACAGUUCUUUGGACGGAGGCGGACCAAAUCGAGCUCGGCAUCGCGCAACCAUUGACGGAUGCGCAAAAGAUUGCUCAAAGUAUUCGAGAAGAUUCAAUUUAUGACAGCCCAACUCCAGGUCCACAAACCUCGCCUUCCUGUACGCGUGAUGCACAAGCAGAACAUCCUGCAUUGGAAAAAGGUGUCAGAUACAUGGUCCAUUUGGCCCACAAAGAGCUUGUUAAUGAAACCCAUGAAGCGCAAGAGCCCAUCUGUUCACAAGCCAUGCGGAGCCAGUUGCGGCAAACUCUUGAAAACGAGUCUGGGUCCAAUGGCGGUCGAGUACUGGCACGACGGGAGGGUCAGCCAAGAAUGCCGUUUCCACUCAGUAAACGCAUGGAGAAGUGCUCUGGAACCGCAGCAACCAGCGACACUACGCCAGUCCAUGUCCUACCUUUCCACACGCACACGCCCAGAGCAGAAGCGCAGCCUCCUCUUUGUCCCACUCAGACAGUGCCGUUUUUAGGUGGGUAUGAAGCCAAGAAUGGCACACAGACGGUACAGCAAGAGUCUGCACCACUUCAACAUAACUGGGGGGAGGUGCCCGCCAAAGAUGUGACGGAUACAGAGCAGAAAUUGUUCAAUGCUCAGUUAUCUAAGCAGCAAACCAUGGAAGCGUCUUACGGAAACAAUAACGUGAAUGGCUAUAGCACCGGACUGCUUGAUCACCAUGAUGAAGAGUCACACAGGGACCAGAGCUUCGUCUAUACCGAGUUACACCAGGGUGACACGGAGAUGAACAUGGGCUUUGACUGGGAGCGUUGGGAUUCCGUAUUUGGGCAAUACUCUGGAUUCACGGAUUUGAUGGAGGAUGUGACAGAAUGGAGUGAGUAUCUCGAGUCCUGA